CCCUGUGAGAAUCACGCUGCUUUCCAGUGACGUCCUGUUAUCUGUACAGGGCUUCGCAGUUAAUUGACAUAAGUUAAGUUUCCUCUUACGUUUGUAUUCUGACACUAUUUUGAAUCCGGUCGUUUGAAAUUACCAUCUAACUUUGUUUGACUGUAUUUUAUAAAGGCUAUUGUGAUCUACAGAGGUUAAAGUGAUUGCAGUGAAAGACAUGAUGCACAAUAUGUCAGCUGCUCCACACAAUCUGAAGUUUUGAUCAGUGUCAAGUAGCUACUGUGUUUGUUGACCAUCUUCAUCCUUCAGUCCUACUAAGUCAUAAACUAUGACAGUUGGACUACAUUUGGGUUUCUCCUUUAUAACUCGUAAAUUUGUCAGAGUUUGUGUCAUCUGUUUGGAGAGACAUAAUGUGGUUCGAGUUAAACCAUUUAUCAGUGGUCUGAGGAGCUUUGGGACUGACCCGAAUGAUUCUGAUAGAGACAACAGUGGCUCAGAUGCAUCAGUGACACCUGCUUCCACAUUCCCACAGUUCUCUCAGAGAGCUUCUUUAUUUGGUAGACGUCGACCUUUGUCCCCACUGGAGCGGGUCAGUCAGCUGUUACCUGAAGACAGUCUGAGUCAGGAAGUUUGGGAUCUGCGAGACACUAGAAACACAGAUUUGCAAAAUAUAGAAAAGAGAGGAAGUGAUGUGGAACAGGGCAUUCAAGGGAAGGAGAGAGAGGAUGCAACUUCUCAUGUACAGGUGACAUUAGAACCGCAAGGCUCUUUUGCUUCACAUCAUGUGUGUGUCCCUGCGGAAAGGCCUAUAUUAUUUGGAGAGACUCUGCUUGCUGAAUACCGUCGAAACAGACGUUUAGAGUUCCGGAAGAUGUUCCAACUUCAGGAGGGGCUGAAGCUCCAUAGUAAUUGGGGAUUAAUACCUCAUGAACACAUGGAAGGGCGUCCUUCUGGAAGCGUUCUGCACACUUCAAUGGGAAUCCCAAUUCUUAUUCGCCGACCUAGCCUGGAGGAGUUCACCCUCUUCAUGAAGAGAGGGCCAGCUAUUGCAUAUCCUAAAGAUGCCAGUGCAAUGUUAACCAUGAUGGAUGUCACUGAAGGAGAUUGUGUUCUGGAAUCAGGAUCUGGGUCUGGUGCUAUGAGCCUCUUCCUGUCCAGGGCAGUGGGCUCUAAAGGAAGUGUUUUGAGUGUGGAGAUUCGGGAGGACCAUCACAGACGUGCUGUAUUAAACUACCAGCGCUGGUGCUCCUCGUGGAUCCUUCAGCGAGGGGAGGAAUGGCCUGACAAUGUCCACUUUUACCAUGGUGACCUCAUAUCUGCCAGCUCUCUUCUAGCUGGACGGGGUUUUAACUCGAUUGCCCUGGAUAUGGUUAAUCCCCAUUUGGCUUUACCUGCUGUGGUACCUCACCUCCAUCCUGGAUCUGUGUGUGCUGUCUAUCAAGCAAAUAUUACACAGGUCAUUGAUCUGAUGGAGGGUCUGCGAUGCUCUAAACUUCCUCUGGUGUGCGAACGCAUUGUUGAGGUUCAGUACAGGGAUUGGCUUGUUGCCCCAUCGCUCAAAAAAGAUGGCACAUUUAACAGACGAAAAGCCCCUAGGGAAGAUGAUGAUGAUAAUGAAUAUGAACCCAGUGAAGAUGCUGAAGGGGAUCGGACACGGGCAGAUCUAGUGCCGUUCGGAGAUGUUCCAUACAUUGCACGUCCUCAUCCGGAACAGACAGGCCAUACAGCCUUCCUUGUAAAAUUACGAAAGAUCUUGAAGUAGCUGUUCCACACAUUAAAUGUGUGUACAAGAGGACAAAAAAUUUCAACACUUCAACUGCUUUUUUUUUUCUUUUUUCAAUUAAUAAGCUUCUACAAUAAAUCAUUUGCUUUUUGUUAUACAUUUUUCCUUUCCUGCUUUGAGUAUUUCAAAGCAUAAAAUAAAUAGUGGCUGUCUAAUAAUCUGCUUCACUCAUGGGAUUUUCAUGUGUUUGUUUAUUCAUAUUUAUGUUUCAGUCAGGUGUUGUACUUGUUUCAUUAAGAGAUUCACUUAAUGCAGCAAAUCCUUUCAGUAAUAAUAAACCAGUUAACAUUUA